AUGUUAACUUACCGGGGCUUUUCUAUUAAAUCUUCGUCUUUAGAAAGACCUAUCCUUUUAGACGAUGAUAAGGCUGCGGAUAACAAAAAUGCUCCACUUCAUUACAAUAUUGCUUUUCCUGUGGUUAGAAUCGAAUUGAACAGGGAGAGAAUUGGCCAUGACCUACCAAGCGGGUCCAGUACGGAAUGGUGGGUGUUAACGACUGUAGAUACCGCCAGGAUCGUGUUUCCGAACGGACGAGAACGGUUCAAUAACGGAGACUAUACCAGACCGGCCGGUGGAGAUCAAGAACUUCCCGAAACUGUGCGAGCAACGGCGCAAGUUUCCGGUGCUUUACAAACUAGAAUUCCAGACGAUUACAACAGAGUGGUGCUAGAAACAGUGGACCGGGAGCCAGACUCCGAUUAUAUUAAUGCUUCCUAUAUAGAUAGUGUUUUAAAACCCAAUGCCUACAUAGUGACACAAGGCCCUACUGAAGACACAGUGGUUAGUUUCUGGAGAAUGAUCUGGCAAGAAAGAGCAGCUGCCAUAGUCAUGCUCACCAAAACUUUUGACUUUAUCAAGGUGAUGUGUGUUCAGUAUUGGCCUCCCAAUAAAGAAAAGGAUGAAUCUUACGGUGACAUCAGCGUUGGAAUUGUACAGGAAGAGGAACUAGCCAAUUUCCACAUACGAACCUUUAGACUUUACAAAUCAGAGAAAGACGUUGUGGUGGAAGAAAGAUUCAUUCUACAGUUCCAUUACACCCAAUGGCAUUCGCACACGUGUCCGUUCAGUAAUGCAUUGCUAGAGUUUAGAAGGCGAGUACGAGCAGUGGUCGGUCGGAGGUUAGCGACCAAUCCUGCUUCCGGACCCAUGGUCGUGCAUUGCAAUGAUGGCGGAGGCCGAUCAGGAGUGUACUUAGCAAUUGACGCAAACCUAGAGUUGGCGGAAGAAGAAGACUGCUUUGAUGUUUUCGGAUAUUUGAAAAAACUCAGACAAUCUAGAAAGGGCCUUAUAGAAAACGAAGAACAAUACAAAUUCGUUUACGACACGUUAGAGGAACACGUUGUUUGCGGAAUAUCCUGGUUCCCCGUUUCGGAACUAUCUCAAAGACUGAAGCAGAAAUCUCAAAAGGACCCCGUUUCUAAACUUAACGAGUAUCAAAAGGAAUACCAACAGAUUUGCAAGCAAACUCCGAGGUUUACCAUCGGUGACUGUGCUGGAGGACAUAGAGGCGACAAUAGGGAGAAGAACAGAGAUGUUCUAGUCGUUCCACCUGAUAAUUUUCGACCAUAUUUGACAUCUUUCCAAGGCAAUAGUUUCACUGAUUAUAUAAAUGCUGUCUUUGUAGAUGGCUAUACAAAGCCUCGAGAGUAUAUUGUAACAGAGUGGCCUUUGUUAAGAACACAAGGAGAGUUCUGGUCGUUAGUUUACGACUACGAAUGUGCAGCUGUAGUCGUAUUAUGUGUUCCUCCUAAGAACUCUCAACAAUAUCCUCCUUUCUGGCCUGAGGGUCGGCAUUCAAAGAAAUAUGGACCUGUUUUCACGAUAGAUCACGUCUCCCACAACCACUAUACAAACAUAAAGACAUGGAUAUUCAGGAUCAACAAAAAGAUUGUGUCAUUAACGGAACUGAUGGCUGGCGUGAAAGCGCCGCCGAAGACUGUUCAGCUAUUCCAAUUGACGUGUUGGCCUAUGGGCCAUAAAGUGCCGUCCUCGACCAACUCCCUGGUGGAACUGAUGAACAUGGUGGAGAGAUGGCGGCAACGCACCGACUACGGACCUGUCUGCGUUGUGUCACCGGACGGACGAAGUCGUGCUGGUGUUUACUGCGCGGCGAAUGCGUGUAUCGAACAAGUGAUACAACACGGAGAAGUCGAUGUAUUUCAAGCCGUGAAAACCGUACGACGACAUCGACCUCAACUUGUCGAAAACAUGGACGAGCUCUGGUUCAUUGAAUUUGGCCGAGGUGCUGCGCUUCCUACAACACCGGAAGAGACGAGUCCGUCAUCGGUACCACGCGAUGGCCGAAGGGCAGCGGGAACAGGACCCAGUGGUAGGCCAGCUCGCCCGAGGCGUGGUCUGUCUCUCGAUAGACUACUACCUGCUGCCGUGCGCCCGCCUAUACCGCAUGCCGCCACCGUCGAAGCACCCCGCCGCCCACGCCGCGAUCGCCCUCCCCUUCGUCGCUCAAUCCGUCUCGAGGACGACGAUGCCGCCGCUGAGGAACGUCGGCGCGUCUUCGUCCACGGGCCACGUGCGCCUUCCUUUGACGAAGGUGACGCCAGCGACGAGCAUGAGGAGUGCGAGUGCAUCCGACGUUCACUCGAACGGUCCGGUCCCUCCGCCGAAACGGCCGAUGACACUGAUCACGAACCGGAGCUCGCCGUUUCACCUCCAUCCGUGGAGCCGGCACCGCCGGAACCACGACCCGUUUCUUCGGAUCGAGCGCUCACUGACCGCCGAGAGGCAGCGCUAACGCCCCGUGCGCCAUUCCGUGCCCAUUCACAAGGUGUUUUUGAGCGCCGAUUACCGAGGAUUUAUAAAUUUGGUCUUAUGGAUAAAUCUAAGCGCGCAAGUUCUAGUGCACUCUAUGAGCGAGCCGACCGCUCACCAACUGAGGCAUUUUAUAACGCAACCGGUUCGACAAGGUUGAGUUCCCAAGAACUUUUUGAAAAAUUCUGCUCGGAAGAUUUUACAUCUUUAUACGGACGAGAAGAUGAUCGACGUCGUCGACCGCCGCACUCAAAGUCGACCGGGAGUAGUGGAUCAGACGUAAGACACGAACGUACAUGUUGCCGACGAAUUCCCUGCGGCUCACAACCAGCGCUGACUCGUCGCCAUGCAUGUCAUGCAGUACGGUCUGACCGCUCAACAGACUCUGAAGAAUUAUCUCCACAUCGCUCUGCUCCUCGACCGAUACCACUGGACUCUGAGCUACCUCCGGAUGACUGCUCUCGAUCUGCACCACUACUCAGUCCUGACCGAUUUGAAGCUCGUUUUACAUUUGAUAUAUCAGAACGCAGCGAAGUGACGUCAAAUCGAGACGAAACCCCAUCCGAUGCUACAGAAACUCGCAAUCUGACACUCUAUGAAGAACCGCAUUCAGAUCGCACGAGUUUAUGUGAGCUUUAUGAUGCUGCAUUUUCAUCGCAUCGGCCGUCAUUCCGACGUGAUAGCUCAAGACGACGAGGUCACAUCGAUUUGAGUACACUCGAUUUCCGAGCGAUAGACGACGAGAGCCCGCAUACCAGUCGUAGAACUUCCCAGCGAAGCGUCGAUGAUACUCUAAGACAGAAUUCUGAAUCACGCAGCUGGGCCUCAGAUUCCGUGUUCACUACACCUGAACGACGUUUGCCGCCAGAUACUUCAUCGCCGUCUUCAGUCGAUACUCGAAAACUGGCAGUAGCAUUAGAUUCACCGAGAGCCGAUUCCACGGCCGCCGAUUCAACUCUCGCAGAUACAACAGUUAUCGAAGAAGAGGUGCCCAGUGUUAUAGAACGUACUGAAUAUGCUCUAGCGUUAAGCCUCGGUCGAAUAGAUUUAGACGAUGAUAUUCCAUCGGAACGUGCUGCAUCGACGCCAGCAGAGAGCAUUCGACUUUCGAGUCGACCGUCGAUGCAUAAGUUAGAACCGAUCGAACCAGCUCGGUUAUGCGGUGGUGGCAGUGACGGUGACGCGAACAGUGUGCGCUCGAGUGCACGGCGCCGGGGAGCCAGCGAGCCUCCGCGGCGAUCCGCACGGUGCUUCCCACUCUGA